AACAAAAAAUUAACUGCUAUCUACUGUGUUUUAAUGUCAUUUGGUUAGUCACUGAACACUGCACUGUUAGUGUUACUGUGAGUUUUGUAUUUUCACCAAGGACUUGUUGCCAGACUUCUGGACAAGGUUUAGUUUCUGAUUCAGGCUAGAUUGAAAAGCAAUGUUCAGCCUAUGUUAGUGCUUGAGAGGCAGCUGGAACAAAGGAUGACGGGAGGAAAUAGAAAGGGCAAAGGCGAGGGCGCAAAUCCAGGUGUGCGUCGUGGAUAUACCUGCGCUUUUGGGGUGGUCCAAUCUUGAAUCUGAUGUCUGAUUUAUAUAGAAUAUGCUACACCUUUUAGCAGACAAACAGUAAAUGCGACAAUACCUGCUUUUUAUAACAACGACAACCCUAGAAACCCUGAGGCACUAGAAUGCUAAUGUUGUCCAGGGCUUUGACUUAUCAAUACAACCAUUGCAAAAGCGGCAGUGACUGCCACAGCAUCGCUCUUGUGUGUGCUGCUUCCACCCAUUCACGGAUCUCCGGAGUCUGCAGGUGGAAACAGACAGCAUCUCCAACUUGAAGCCUGUUUUUCGUGCGCCAGGUUUGAUAAUGGACACAACGGAUAUCAUGGAUUUAACGCAUCAGAAAACGAGAAAACGCCCGCGUCCAAUCAGUUCUGUGGAUGAGUCCGUAGUACAAGCGUCCCUGAAACGAAUCUCAAUGCGAACGGCGGAAUGCGGGGACGCUCCGUUCAUAUACUCAAGAGGCGACCCCUUACCUGCAGCAUCACUGAAGCAGAAUGAUUAUUCUGUGUCUUCCUCGCCAGCCACAGUUUUGUCAGCGCAGGAUAACCGUUCCAGCAUGUCCAGGCCCAUGAUCACCAGAUCACCAGCAUCCCCCUUGAGUAACCAGGGCAUCCCGACGGCCGCCCAGCUCACCAAGUCCAAUGCCCCCGUGCACAUUGACGUGGGUGGACACAUGUACACCAGCAGUCUGGCCACGUUAACCAAGUACCCAGAGUCCAGAAUCGGGCGUCUCUUCGACGGCACAGAGCCCAUAGUGUUGGACAGCCUGAAGCAGCACUACUUCAUAGACAGGGAUGGACACAUGUUCCGCUACAUCCUCAACUUCCUCAGGAUCUCCAAGCUCCUCAUCCCAGACGACUUCAAAGACUACAGUCUGCUGUACGAGGAGGCCCGGUACUUCCAGCUGCAGCCCAUGCUGGCCGAGCUGGAGCGAUGGCGCCAGGACCGCGACCUGGCCCGGGUGUCACGCCCCUGCGAGUGCCUGGUGGUGCGCGUGGCACCCGACCUGGGAGAGAGGAUCACGCUGAGCGGAGACAAAGCCCUCAUCGAGGACGUGUUCCCAGAGAUCGGAGACGUCAUGUGCAACUCUGUCAACGCAGGCUGGAACCACGACUCCACACACGUAAUCCGCUUCCCGCUCAAUGGAUACUGCCACCUCAACUCCGUCCAGGUCUUGGAGCGUCUGCAGCAGCGUGGCUUUGAGAUCGUCGGAUCAUGUGGUGGGGGCGUGGACUCAUCCCAGUUCAGCGAGUACGUCCUGAGGAGGGAACUGAGGAGGGCGGGCCAGAGAGGAGGGCCUAACUCAAACCGGAUAAAACAGGAACAGCUGGACUAGAGACCUCCAAGACACACCGGGGGUGCUAUACUUUUUUCGGUGGCAGCCAAGCGCUAGAUGGGACGCAGCAGAGCUCUGUGGAUUCUGGGUAUAAUGCUGCGCUCAUGUGCUAAUCAGAACUAGGAAACUCAGAAAUUUCCGACAUGCUAACUGGUUGAACGAGGCACGUGUAUAACCACAACCAGUUAGCAGGUCAGAAAUGUCUGAGUUUCCUAGUUCCGACUAGCAUGUGAAUGCGGCUUUAUUUUUUUGUUUUGUUUCUUUGUCGU